CGCCGCGCUCCUCAUGCGCCGCUGACGUCGAGGCCACGGUGCACCGCUCCCCCCGACCGCGUCCCCGCCCCGCGCCAGUCCCCCAGCCACCGGAGAAGUCCCAGGCCCCGAUGAGGGGGCACGCUACUUUCCGGCGCCGCGAGGCCCACCCGGUCCACUCGUGUUUCCGCCCACGGGACCCGGGCUGGGGCCCAACCCGCCCCGCGCAGUCCUCAAAAAGUGGGUGCGGGCCCUGACGGUGGACAUGGCCCUCGCCAGUCUGGGGAAAUGCACUUGUGUGCAGAGUCUCGUGCUGGGAAACAAGACACCCGCCCGGGAUUCGGUCUUCGCCAGAAAAUCCCUGCCCCGGUUCAACUUGGCCCGAAUCUUCCGACGCAGGACAGGGAGAGCGGGCCGCGUCACACCAAAUUCCAGAACACCUGCGCCACCCUUCACGGCCCGCGGUGUUGCCUCGCCGCCGCCGAAGCCACUGCCGUAGGGACGCUUCCUCACACGAGCCCCCUCACCCCCGGUCCACCUGUAACCUGCUCCUGUGCCAGCAGCCCUCCCGACCUACCGCCGUCCCACGCACGCAGUGUGGCCUCGAGAACGGCCGGCCACGGGGGAACCCCGCUACUGUGCGCGCUCACAAGUGGAAUGGAAAUGAGCCAACCCCCCCGGAACAGAGGCCGGGCGCUGCCAACGGGCCGGGGCGGCGGAACCGGGGACGGGUCCCACGCGUCCAGCUGGGAGCCAAACUCCAGGGCGUCUCCCGCACAGCACGGUGACCACAGCUCACCGUAUACCGUGCACUGCAACGCUGGUCAGACACUGCAUCUCAAAAAUGUUCUCACCACAAAGAAAAAGAGUUACUGGAAGUCCCUGAUUAUACCCGGCGUGUUGCAAAGCGCUUACGGAACUGGCUGGAGAGAGAGAAGCCUCCAGUGCGUCUCCGAGGGGAGUUUAUGCCUGGAGUGGCAAACGCUCUGGAAGGUGGACAGAUGCUCCGAGCUCACAGGAGUGAUCGCUGAAGACGCGGACUAGAAGAGGAAACCGCAGCGAGAGACACUGCGUGGGCACAGAGGCAGCUUUCUGGAAGACAGAACAGAAGGAGCAAGACCAAAAGCCCAGUAGCGCCCCCGGGGAACCUCAAGCACACCAUUCCAAAAUGAACGAGGGGCACCGAGGCGCGGCUGGAGGGUCUGCAGGGCCCCGAGCACCAGGCGGAGGCGCCCCUUCCACGGGCCGCGCAGGGGCAGGCCGAGGUUCUCCAGAAGGACAUGAGGGGGGCACCAAGCAUCACACACGGCGGGAAGGUGGAGGGGCGGAGGCCUGAGGGUCCGAUAGUGGGGAAGGGAGGCUGGUCCCCCAUGGCGCAGGUGAUGGUUCUACCAUUCAGGGCUCUGCUUCUCAAUCUGAAGAAUCAUAUUAACAUAUUUCAGACAUCAUUUUAAAAUCUAGGUUCUCUAAGAGUUUAACGUUCCUUACUUUUAGAGUGCCUAAAAACAGAAGUCUUUCAUGGUAAAAGCUGAAGAAAAAAGGCAAAGAACAUUCAGAAGCCUGUGCUUACUAAUACAAAAGCAAAGGCACAACACGAAGAGAGCGAUAACUAGAGCACACCAAAUCCAUAAAUCCUCCAAAUGCAUUAUGUCAGACGGCGAGACAAGGCAGCAGAUGCGUAAUCUCAUCGUGCACAGAAAGACCCUGAGGUCUGGGCAGCCAACGGAAGGGCUCACAGCCAGCAAAGGGAAGGGCUCUGAAGCUAAAGGUGAUUCUGUUCAACUUGACUUCUCUUCCCAAAAUGAAAACACCGUGAAAAACUUCCAUACCCAGAGUAACACGAGAGGAUGACAGAGAGACUUUCCUUAAAGUAGACGAUCCGAACAAAAUAACAGAUGAGUAUGACAAAACACUACAGCAAUACAAAACGAUAUUGUCAAUCUGCCAUAAAUAAAAAGCACUCUACGUGAGAAAAAUUUUAA